AUGACCCCAAGUCCUCCCCUUCAUAGAUGCUGGGACUCUGAAGACUUUGAAGACACGUGGCAGAUACCGCAUUCUGUCUGCUGGCAGUCAGAGAAGAUGGAUGUACCCCGGAGCCUGCAGAAGAUGUGGACACUCAAACAUGGGGCACCCGUAACAGCGACUGCUCUCAGCAGCUUUCUCCGCCACGCAUUUACCUGUGGCAGGGACGGCGUCAAGGUGUGGAGCCUGGUGGGCCAGGUGGUGGAGAGAGGAUCCCUGGAAAGUCACCUGUGUGUGCAGAACCCGGGUGCUCUUGUUCGCACCAGUCACCUUUUGUCAGACAACACAGCCUUGCUGAUGGCAGGCAACAGCCUGGCAGGAGUGAGCGUGUGGGACCUGAAGGCACCCACCCUGCAUAUGAAGAGCACCUUGCCCUGUUCUGGCCUCUCCUGCCAGACCCUGGCCUCCAGCCUCCUGGACACUCUGGCACUCGGUGGCUUCUCUGAUGGCACCAUCCGAAUCUGGGACUUCAGGCAGAAGCAAAGGGUCAGAGACUUGAGCAAUACUCAUGGUGCAGCCACUAGGCUGCUGGUGAAGGAGCAACAGGUGUGGGCAGGAAGCCUGGAGGGCACCCUGCAGUGCUGGGACCUACGAAACCCCUCGGAGCCCCAGAAGUACCAGUUGGAUUCCCAGAUCAUGGGCCUUUCCCCCCAUCCCCAUGAGAAUUUUAUACUGGUGGGUCUGGGCAACGGGCAGCAGUGGCUACAGCCAACAUCAGGGGACUUGAAGCAGAUGGUGGGGUGCAGGGAGAACACCAUCCUGGACCUUGCCUUCUCCCCAAGAGGCCACUGGUGGCUGAGUGUGGGGAUGGACAGACUGGUCAGCAUCCACAGCAUGCCUGAAGGAAGGGCCUGCCUCCAGGUGCCGGAAUCCACUGGCAUUAUGUGCUGUGAUGUGGCUCAGAAUGACCGAUUGAUCAUCACGGGGUCCUACGACAGUGCCACCGUGUACCAGGUGUUGUAUUGA